GCCUUCAGUGUAGCACAUGUCGUUACUCUUCCGGUUGAGCAGACGUCAACCGGAAGUGGUCGUGCUGGUGUCGUUAGCCGCGAUAACAAACCCUCGUUUAUCGUGUAAAGUGAUAAACUAAGACAUUUAUACGCCGGAUAAGGCGAGGAUUCAGGCAGUCUCGCCAUGUCCAUGUCCCACCUGUACGGUCGGAGGACCGAGGAGGACGACGGGGUGGAGAUGGAGAGCUUUGAGGUGACGGACUGGGACCUGGCCAACGAGUUCAACCCGGAGCGGCGCCGCCACCGGCAGACCAAGGACCAGGCGACCUACGGGAUCUGGGCCGACCGGGACUCCGACGACGAGGGGGAAAGGCCCAGUUUCGGGGGCAAGAAGUCCAAGGACUACACGGCCCCGGUGAACUUCAUCAGCGCCGGUCUGAGGAAGAGCGCCGCGGAGGAGAAGAAGCAGCAACAGAAGGACCCCGAGGACUCAGAGGAGUCGGAUGAUGGAGGCUCUGCUCCUCCUCCUCCUCCUCCGCCUUCAUCACGCCGGGCGGCACCUAAAAAACUUCAGACGGGAGAAAAUUUCCGUGGGAACCAACCCCAACGGUUUGCCGGAGGCGUGCGGACAGGACAGGACAUCGGGAACUGGGAGAAGCACACCAAGGGGAUCGGACAGAAGCUCCUGCAGAAGAUGGGCUACCAGCCUGGCAAAGGCCUGGGGAAGAACGCUCAAGGGAUCAUCAACCCCAUCGAGGCCAAGGUGCGGAAGGGUAAGGGCGCGGUCGGGGCGUACGGCAACGAGCGCACCCAGCAGAGCCUCAAGGACUUCCCCAAGGUGGACUCGGAAGAAGAGGAGGAGAAGGAGUUCCAGAAGGAGCUGGGCCAGUGGCGGCGGGACCCGGCCGGGAAGAAGAAGCCCAAGUACUCGUUCAGGACGGUGGACGAGCUGAAGGCCAAAGGCAAGCUGGCCGGACGCAGCGCCGGGACCCCCGCUGGGGAGCUGGCCCAGGUCAAGGUGAUCGAUAUGACCGGGCGCGAGCAGAAGGUCUACUCCAGCUACAGCCAGAUGACCAGCAAGCACAGUGUGCCAGAGGAGGCCCUGCCCAGCCGGGACCAGAGGCCCUCGGGCUUCACCCUGCCGGAGCUGGAGCACAACCUGCAGCUGCUGAUCGACCUCACGGAGCAGGACAUCCUGCAGUCGGCCAGGCGUCUGCAGCACGAGAAGGACAUCGUGGUGACGCUGAGCCACGAGGCCUCCGCCCUGCAGAGCCGCCUGGAGGUGGAGCAGGAUGCCAUCCGGAGGGUGGAGGCCGUGCUGGAGCUGGUGGAGCGCUUCCAGUCUGGGGAGAGCGCCCCUGGGGAGGGACCCAGCCUGCAGGAGUGCGCUGGGAUCUUCGAGACCCUGCAGAAGGACUACUACGAGGAGUACAAGGUGAUGGGGCUGGCGGACCUGGCCGUGGCCGUGGUGUACCCCCUGCUGAAGGACAAGCUGCGCACCUGGGACCCCCUCAAAGACAGCACCUACGGCCUGGAGGAGGUGGGGCAGUGGAGAGCGCUGCUGGAGUCCAGGCAGCUGCACUCCACCACCCCCGACGCCAACAUGGACCCUUACCACAGGCUGCUGUGGGAGGUGUGGCUCCCCGUGAUGCGCUCCUCCGUGUCGGGCUGGCAGCCUCGCGCCGUGGGGCCCAUGGUGGACUGCAUCGAGGUGUGGGCCCCGCUGCUGCCCGUCUGGAUCGUGGACCACCUGCUGGAGCAGCUGGUCCUGCCCCGGCUCCAGAGAGAGGUGGAUACCUGGAACCCGCUGACGGACACGGUGCCCAUCCACUCCUGGAUCCACCCCUGGCUCCCGCUGCUGCAGGCCCGCCUGGAGCCGCUCUACCCGCCCAUCCGCAGCAAGCUGGCCAACGCCCUGCAGCGCUGGCACCCCAGCGACACCUCGGCACGCCUCAUCCUGCAGCCCUGGAAGGACGUCUUCUCCCCCGGGGCCUGGGAGGCCUUCAUGGUCAAGAACAUCCUCCCCAAGCUGGCCCUGUGUCUCGGGGACCUGGUCAUCAACCCCCACCAGCAGCAGAUGGAGCCCUUCCACUGGGUGAUGGACUGGGAGAGCAUGCUGUCCCUCUCCAGCCUCAUGUCCCUGCUGGACAAGAACUUCUUCCCCAAGUGGCUCCAGGUGCUGUGCUCGUGGCUGAGCAACAGCCCCAACUACGAGGAGAUCACCAAGUGGUACCUGGGCUGGAAGAACUCGUUCAGCGACACGCUGCUGGCGCAGCUGCUCAUCAAGGACAAGUUCAACGAGGCCCUGGACAUCAUGAACCGGGCCGUGGCCUCGGGCGUGGGGGGCUACAUGCAGCCCGGCGCCCGGGAGAACAUCGCCUACCUGACGCAGACGGAGCGCAGGAAGGACUUCCAGUACGAGGCGCUCCAGGAGCGGCGCGAGGCGGAGAGCGUGGCCCAGCGCGUCAGCGCCGGCCUGCCCACCAACUUCAAGGACCUGAUCCAGGCCAAGGCGGAGGAGAACAACAUCGUGUUCAUGCCCCUGGUGGCCAAGCGCUUCGAGGGCAAGCAGCUGUACACGUUCGGCCGCAUCGUGGUCUACAUCGACCGGGGGGUGGUGUUCGUCCAGGGGGAGAAGACCUGGGUGCCCACCUCGCUACAGAGCCUCAUAGACAUGGCCAAAUGAGCUACUGUCCACGUGUUUUCAUACUCGUCUUGUAAUGCAAUGUAUAGUGUUUUUAUUUUAUUCAGGGCGAAAAAAA